AUUCAUCUAGUCACUUUGAACAGGCUUACUUUAGGGUAUCACAUAGCUGUAGCAUGGCUAAAGAAUUAGAGAUUGAGAAGGAGAUUGUAGAACAAGGCGAUCUUGUGCGAAAGCUCAAAGGAGAUGCGUCGGCAACAGAGGACAUGAAGAAAGAAGCUAUAGACAAGCUUUUGCGACUUAAGCUAACCUAUAAGGAGAUAACUGGCAAAGAUUACGCACCGCCAAAUGCUAGGCAACAAAAAGAGAAAAAACCAAUAGAGACCAAGCCCGCGGAUAAGGAUAAGAAGCCGGAGGCUAAUGGAAAGAAACAAACUAAGCUGGGGAUCGAAAUAUCGAAGGAUGAAAACUACUCGGAAUGGUACAGUCAGGUAAUCACUAAAGCCGAAAUGAUUGAAUACUACGACGUGUCAGGAUGUUACGUCCUGCGUCCAUGGUCUUACGCUAUUUGGGAAGGCAUCCAGGCGUAUUUUGACGGUGGUAUCAAGAAGCUCGGCGUCAAGAACUGCUAUUUCCCUAUGUUUGUAAGCAGUGCAGCAUUGGAGAGGGAGAAAACCCAUAUUGCUGAUUUUGCACCUGAGGUGGCUUGGGUAACCCGAGCUGGCUCUUCUGAGAUGGCCGAACCCAUUGCAAUUCGUCCAACAUCAGAGACUGUUAUGUACCCUUCAUACAAGAAAUGGGUCAAAUCGCACAGAGACUUGCCUAUUAAACUGAAUCAGUGGUGCAAUGUUGUUAGAUGGGAGUUCAAGCAUCCUACUCCCUUUUUGAGAACCCGGGAGUUCCUUUGGCAAGAAGGGCACACUGCUUUCGCUAACCAAGAAGAUGCACUGAAAGAAGUGUACCAGAUUCUUGAUCUCUACGCUAACGUCUACACAGAUCUCUUGGCAAUCCCAGUGGUUAAAGGUAGAAAGAGUGAAAAGGAAAAAUUUGCUGGAGGAGACUUUACUACGACAGUCGAAGCAUACGUACCUGUCAAUGGACGUGGUAUACAGGGCGCGACAUCACAUCACUUAGGGCAGAACUUCUCAAAAAUGUUUGACAUAUCAUUUGAGGAUCCCAAUACCGGAGGAAAAUCAUAUGCAUGGCAAAAUUCUUGGGGACUGUCGACCCGUACCAUUGGUGCUAUGGUAAUGAUCCACGCUGAUGACAAUGGUCUUGUGCUACCACCUAGAGUAGCUUCCAUACAGGCCAUAAUUCUCGCUGUCGGUAUAACUGCUCAAACAUCUGAUGAGCAACGUCAAAGCCUAAUGGACAAUGCCGCAGAGGUGGCGAAAGACCUGGUUGAUGCCGAUGUCAGAGCAGAAGCUGAUCUCAGAGAUAACUACUCUCCUGGAUGGAAGUUCAAUCACUGGGAGCUGAAAGGCGUACCUAUCCGGAUCGAGAUCGGGCCUAAAGAUGUGGCUGCAAACCAAGUAACAGCUGUGUUGCGAUAUAACGGCAAAAAAUUGGCCAUCAAACGAGCCGAGCUCGUGAGUGAGAUCAAACGAUUAUUAGAGAUGAUCCAUGAGGAUAUGUACAACAAAGUUCUAACAGCGAGAAAUGCUCACAUGAAGGUCUCAUAUGAUCUCGACGAAAUGAAAAGUUUACUGGACGACAAAUUCAUCGUACUGUCGCCGUUCUGUGGUGAAAUUGCCUGCGAGGACGAGAUCAAGAAAGCGACCACCAGGGAUGACGCCGAAGCUGGAGCUGCACAAAUGGGAGCCAAAACACUCUGCAUACCCUUGGAGCAGCCUAAAGAAACUCUACCGGAGAAAUGCAUAUUCCCUGCUUGCAAGAACAAGGCUAAGUUUUUCGCACUGUUUGGGCGCAGUUAUUGA